AUGUAAGUACUUUAACCAAUUAACGAUCAAUAAUAGCCUGUAAAAAUAACAUCAGAAUACCAAUUUAAAGAGGCUCCAUUAAGUAGAUGUAUAUAUCAUCCUCAAUAUAUCCGUCAUUUUUGUAAGGAGUCAUCUUGUUUAAUGCCAUUGUGUUAAGAUUGUAUUUAGGUACAUCCUCAUUAACAUUCUCGAUAUAGUAUAUAUUAGGAUAUUAAUAUUUUAGUUGAUUCAAUAGAGAAUACAUUGACAUAAGUUUAUAAAGGAUAUGCGAGUAGAGCAAAUGAGAUAGCUACUCAUUAAACAGGAGAUAUUUUAUAAAUUAGAUAAGACUUACACAGAUUAAUAGAUACGAUAGUAGAUGAUGUAUUGAAUAAGGCAGAUAAGAAUUACUAAUAUGAUUUAAUAUUGUAAUGGAGAAAUUUGAUUAAGAAAUUGGAAAGAUUAAAAGAUCCAAAUAAUUGUUUGAAGGAAACAAUAUUAUAUUUUGCAGAUCAAGAUAAUUAGAAUCCUCAAUUAAAAUAUUAAGGCAUUCCAAUAUAAAUGAAUUAUGAAGCAUUGGAAUAAGCAAAGUUUCAUCUUCAUCAUUUAUUUAUGGUGACUUUAGAGGAUGGAGAAUACUUUUUUAGACCAGGUGAAAGAACUGGAGAUAAUCCAAUAAGAAGAGUAUCGAGAAUGAUAUAUGAUCCCGUUUUACCUACUCAUUCAGAUUAUCAACCAUAUAAUUAUAGUCCAUAAAGAAUGAUGAUUACAUAACCUGUAUAGCCAUAACAAAUAGUUUAUCAAACUUAAGUUAAUACUACUCCUAAUCCACUUUA